AUGGAUAAGACCCAUCUUUCGAGCUCUAAUGACAUCAUAAUGACGAGCUCAACAGUCCCCUACCAGCAGGAACCCCUGACUCCACCAAGACCCACCCAUCUCCACUCCUCAUCCUCUUCACUAUCCUCCCCUUCUCCAUCCUCUUCCUCCUCACCCCUCAAGCCUAACCAGGUUGGCCAGGUCAUCCUGUACGGCGUUCCCAUUGUAUCGCUGGUCAUUGAUAACACUGAGAGACUUUGUCUGGCACAGAUUUCUAACACACUCCUCAAGAACUACAGUUACAAUGAGAUUCAUAAUCGUCGCGUGGCGCUGGGUAUCACCUGUGUCCAGUGCACUCCGGUUCAAUUGGAGAUUCUUCGUCGGGCCGGCGCCAUGCCCAUCUCCUCACGCCGCUGUGGCAUGAUCACCAAGCGUGAAGCCGAGCGCCUCUGCAAGUCCUUCCUGGGAGAGAACUCACCGCCCAAACUGCCCGACAACUUUGCCUUUGAUGUGACACAUGAAUGCGCCUGGGGUUGCCGUGGUAACUUCAUCCCGGCACGCUACAACAGCUCCAGGGCAAAAUGCAUCAAGUGCUCCUUAUGCAACAUGUACUUCUCCCCAAAUAAGUUCAUUUUCCAUUCCCACCGCACGCCAGAUGCCAAAUACACCCAGCCUGAUGCUGCCAACUUUAACUCGUGGCGACGACACCUCAAGCUCAGUGAUAAAAUUCCAGCCGAUGAGUUAGUUUACGCAUGGGAAGACGUCAAAGCUAUGUUCAAUGGAGGAAGCCGGAAGAGAGCGCUGCCCUCCUCAGCCCACUGUUCCUCCAUGGGCCCUAUGAAGACUCUGCCAGGUUCGGUGGUGCCUCACAUGAUGGGACCUGACCUGAGUGCUCAGAAAAGAGCCCGCUAUGAAGAUGAGGAUGAUCUGGACGGAGGCAGUCUGUCUCCCCGUAAGACACCUCGUAGCUACCCUGUCAUCCCUGUCCCAAGCAAAGGCUUCAGCAUGCUGCAGAAGUUCCCUCCCACGUCUCUCUUCCCCUCGCCGUACCCCUUCCCAGCAUUUGGCCUCUGCCAGCAGAAAAAAGACGACAGUGAUGUUUCAGGUGGGCAGAAAGGAGCAGGGUUGUCGGGACUUUUAUGGCCUGGGCGUAAAGACACUUUUUAUCCUCCUUUCUGCAUGUUUUGGCCACCAAGAGCAGCAGGAGGAAUCCCUGUCCCCACCUACCUCCAGCCUCAGCACAGCACCCUCUCCUCCUUGGCAGAUAACCCCUCUCUCAGGCAGGCCUUUUUGGAUCUUUCGGACCCCAACGAGACUGGAACUGUAGCUGGCAAUGGAAACAGUGUUAGUGCAACCAUGGCCCCUGGCAGUGGGACUGCCACACCCAGAUCCGGGCUGUUUGACCCAGAGUGCACAACAGUAACCCCUGACCUUCGCCCUGUGACGUCAGAGGGCUGGCUCAAACUCCUGGACACCCCAUCCAUCCAAACCAGAAAGCCAAGCUAUGGCUCGGCCUUCCGCCCCGUCAUUAAGGAUGCCGAAAGCAUCGCCAAGCUCCACAGCAAUGGUGGAGGAGUCUCUGGGGCAACAGAUGAGGAUUUUGGUGUUGUGGUCACCAGGUCAGACCGCCACCAGCGGCUAUCACCCAGCAGCAGCUGUAGCUUCGGAAGCGAAAGUGGAGGCGAUGGAGAGGCAGAGGGAGUGGAGAGUGAGGAGGAGGGGGAGGUGGAUGUGGAGUCGUCGAAGCAGGAGGAUGAGGAGGAGGAUGCAAGCUUUACAAACAGGCCGUCACAGACUCAAACCAACCUGUACCUCUCUGCGCUGAGCGAUACUCCUGGAGAGGAGAGGGGGAAGGAGAGAGGGAGUGGCACAGUGUAUCCCAGCACCUCCCCUUCCUCCUCCUCGAACCUCAUCCAGCAGGAGUCCCCCAGCUUGCCUGCCUCCCCUCCUGCCAGCCUGCCUCUCUCCAGCUCCACCCCACCCCACCGAGAGGACCCAGCUUACAAAAACGUUCACAAAAAUAGAGACGAAGGACUACCUGCUUACGCAACCAAAGACAGCUCCAGCAUUUCUGAUGAAAACAAAGAGCAGAAUAGUUUCUUUGUACCAGAGAGCGAGACGUCAGCGCCCGACUACUGGAGGGAAAGCUCAGGUGAUCAAAGCCAAGGUGCAGCCUCUCCUGGGCCGCUUAAGAAGGAUGUUGAGAACAUGGAGAAGGAGGAGCUCCAGAAGGUCCUGCUGGAGCAGAUCGACUUCAGGAGGAGGCUGGAGCAAGAGUUCCACGCUCUGAAGGGCACCUCACCAUUUCCUGUCUUCCAUAAUUUCCAAGACCAGAUGAAACGAGAGCUCGCCUACAGAGAAGAGAUGGUCCAACAGUUACAGAUGAUUCCCUACGCAAACAUCAUCAGAAAAGAAAAGAUCAGCUCCCAUCUGAACAAGUAGAUAAAAGGCUGAGUCAACAAAUUCCCACGCAAGAGGAAGAAGCUGCC